ACCCAGCCGGGGCAUUUAGCUCAGAUUGCUCUCGGGGCAAACACAAAAACACACACACACUCACUUUGCGAGUGUGUUUCUUGUCGGAUCGUUUACUUUGUGCUAUCUCUGAGCUUCGUGUCUCGUCCUCGACCCGCCGCCGGAAUGGAUUGAUGUGAUUUUUUCCGCCGGGACCGAAGUUUCCAGUUCCGUGUUUUCCGGGGCGACUUUUUUUCCCCGAAGUGAGCGGCGCGUGGAUGGUUUCAGAGGCGCUCGAGCUGAACUGUACGGUCGGGAAAGUGUAAAGGAAAGGGUCGGGGCCGGAUUUCAACACGAUCUCCCGGUGGCUUUAUUCAUCGUCUUCUUAAUAUUUCUUGCCGUUUGUUGGAAACGAAACAAACAUUUUUGUUUGAGCUGAAAGUGAUGGCGGAGCGGGGAGCGCGCGUGCUCCUCUCUCUCCUCUGCCUCACCUCUGCGUGCUCGCUCGCGCCUGCUGCACGCGCUCAGAAAGGCUCCGUCAAGAGGCACUUUAACCCUUUCUGGUUCUCGGUGGAACCCUCGGAUACGUUAGCUGUGCGGGGAUCCCCUGCGUUACUCAACUGCUCUGUGUCCAGCGAGCUACCUGCGAAGGUGCACUGGAAGAAAGACGGCGUCCUGCUCAACCCGGACGACCGCAGGCAGGUCCUGCUUGAGGGCUCGCUGCUCAUCAGCUCCGUCAUGCACUCCAAACACAACAAACCCGACGAGGGCGUCUACCAGUGCGUAGCUACCAUCGAGAACCUCGGCACCAUCAGCAGCCGCACCGCCAGGCUCGAUGUCGCAGGUACACCUCGAUUCUCUGGACAGCCCGAGACGACGUCGGUGCAUUUCGGGGAGAACCAGGUGCUCAGCUGCGAGGUCAAUGCCGACCUGGUGAGCUUUAUUCGCUGGGAGCGUGAUAAGCAGCCGGUGCUUUUGGACCAGAGAGUGUAUAUGUUACCCAGCGGUGCUCUGGUCAUCAGCAACGCCACGGAGGUGGACGCAGGGCUUUACCGCUGUGUGCUGGAAAAUGCAGGACCAACCAAGACCAGUGAUGAGGCUGAGCUCCAGAUCCUGCCUGAAACGUCGGAGGUGCGCAGGCUGGAGUUCCUCCUGCAGCCAGGCUCAAUGUCCAGGGUGGUGGGAGACAGCGUGCUGUUCCCCUGCGUGGUGAGCGGAUUUCCUGCAGCCUCGGUUCGCUGGAUGCGAGAUGAUCGAGUCAUCGAUGAUAGUGACAGUCGCUUUGAGCUGCUCGGCGGGGGAAGUCUACAGAUCUUUAACUUGACCGAAGAGGAUGGUGGGAUGUACAGCUGCCUGGCGGAUAACACAAACGACUCAGUCGAAGCUCGGGCUGAGCUCACGAUACAAGUUCCUCCGAAGUUUCUGAAGACACCAACUAACACUUACGCACACGAGGCUACAGACAUCGUGUUCGAAUGCGAGGCCACCGGAUCCCCCGCCCCAACCAUCAAAUGGGUAAAAAACGGAGACGCCGUGGUUCCGAGCGACUAUUUCCGAAUCCUGAAAGAGCAGAAUCUACAGGUUCAGGGCCUGGUGAAGACAGACGAGGGGUUUUAUCAGUGUCUAGCCGAAAACGAAGUGGGCAACAUACAAGCCAGCGCUCAGCUCGUCAUUCUAGAUCCAGCCACCCCCUCUUCCUCACCCACACUGAUCCGUGCCACUGCUGACCGUGUAACACCAGGCUCAGGAGGCAGCUCCGGCUCCAACCCCGGCCCUGGCGCCGCUCCCGGUCCUGUGCCUUCGCCACCCCGUGAUGUAGUGGCCUCGCUCGUCUCCACCCGCUUCAUCAAGCUGACCUGGCGCCUGCCGCUCGAGCCACAGGGCGAUGACAUCACUUACUCCGUCUACUUCGGACUGGAGGGCGCCAAAAGAGAGAGGACGGUGAACACCAGCCGUCCAGGAGAAACGCAGGUCACCAUCCAGAACCUCAAGCCAGACACCAAGUACUCCUUUCGAGUGGUGGCGUACAAUAAGCACGGCCGUGGAGAGAGCUCAGCACCUCUGAAGGUCGCCACUCAGCCAGAAGUUCAAGUACCAGGACCUGCUCCUAACUUCCAAGCCGUGGUCCAGACGUCCACUUCAGCCAGCCUGACCUGGGACAAACCGCUCACCGGCAACGGCGACAUCCAGAAUUAUAAAGUUUAUUACAUGGAGAAAAACCUGGGCAAUGAGAAGGAUGUUGAGGUUAGUGGACUCUCCUACACCAUGAAUGGACUGAAGAAGUUCACAGAGUACAACUUCAGGGUCGUGGCCUACAACAAGCACGGACCAGGCGUCUCCACAGACGACGUGUCAGUGCGGACGUAUUCAGAUGUCCCCAGUGCGGCCCCCCAGAACAUGACGGCGGAGGUGCUGAACUCCAAGAGCAUCAUGGUGCGAUGGCAGCCCCCUCCAUCCGACGCUCAAAACGGAGAGAUCAUCGACUACAAGAUUCGUUACAAGAAAGGCACGAGGAAGAGCGAACCUUUGGAGAUCACCGCAGGAAACCAGCUCAGCAAACUCAUAGACGGUUUGCAGCGCGGCACAGAGUACUCUGUCCGUGUGUCAGCCAUAACCGUCAACGGCUCGGGCCCUGCGACUGACUGGACCACCGUUGAGACCUUCGAGAGCGAUUUGGACGAGUCCCGCGUCCCAGACGUGCCUGGAUCUUUACACGUCCGUCCACUGGUCAGCAGCAUCGUGGUGAGUUGGUCUCCUCCAGAAAACCAGGACAUCAUGGUUAGAGGUUACAUCAUAGGCUAUGGAAUCGGGAACCCUCACAGCCAAACGAUUAAAGUUGACUACAAACAAAGAUAUUACAACAUCGAGAACCUUGAUCCCAGCUCACAGUACGUGAUCACGCUGAAGGCCUACAACAACAUGGGUGAAGGCAUCCCGGUGUACGAGAGUGCCCUUACACGACCCCAGACAGACCCUGUAGACCCUGAUGUUGAUUUGUACGAACUUUUCCAUCCUCCAUACACUCCAGUACCAGACCCCAUUCCCAUGAUGCCUCCUGUGGGCGUUCAGGCUUCGGUUCUGAGUCACGACACCAUCAAAGUCACAUGGGCCGACAACUCGCUGCCCAAGAACCAGAAAAUCACAGAUGCACGUUUCUACACAGUGCGCUGGAAGACCAACAUACCAGCAAACACCAAGUUCAAGACGGCCAACACGACAAACCUGAGUCACAUGGUGACUGGUCUGAAGCCCAACACUCUGUACGAGUUCUCCGUCAUGGUCACUAAAGGCAGGAAAACCAGCACAUGGAGUAUGACGGCUCACGGGACGACAUUAGAAGCCACGCCCAGUUCAGCCCCGAAAGACGUGACUGUGGUCAGUAAGGAAGGUCGUCCACGCACCAUCAUAGUCAACUGGCAGCCUCCUUCCGAAGCAAACGGCAAAAUUACAGGCUACAUUAUCUACUACAGCACCGAUGUCAAUGCCGAGGUACACGACUGGGUGAUUGAGCCGGUGGUGGGGAACCGACUCACUCACCAGAUCCAGGAGCUGACCCUUGACACAACAUACUACUUUAAAAUCCAGGCUCGCAACUCCAAAGGCAUGGGGCCCAUGUCUGACGCAGUCCAAUUCCGCACUCUUAAAGCUUCUGGGAUUCCCGGUAAACCAGGCCGACCAGCUACACUAGAACCUGGUAUUGGGAAAUCAGGGAUGCCUGGUAGUGAAAACCACAUCUUGGUGAUCGUCAUCAUUGUGUCUGUGGGAGGCUUCAUCAUCAUCGCGUUGGUGGUGGGAGCCUUACUGUGCUCACGCCGCUCCACUUCCCAGCAGAAAAAGAAACGGGCAGCCUGCAAGUCCAGCAACGGCUCACACAAGUACAAAGGCAACUCUAAAGACCUCAAACCACCUGAUCUUUGGAUCCACCACGAGCGCUUGGAGCUCAAACCCAUCGAUAAGUCACCCGAACCCAAUCCAGUCAUGACAGACACCCCGAUUCCACGUUCCUCCCAGGACAUCACUCCUGUAGACGGCACCAUGGACCCCAUCCUCCAGAGACGCAAUUCAUACCGUGGCCAUGAGUCAGAGGACAGCAUGUCUACGCUGGCAGGUCGCCGGGGAAUGAGGCCUAAAAUGAUGAUGCCCUUUGAUGCUCAGCCCCCUCAGCCCGUGAUUAGUGCUCACCCCAUCCAUUCCCUUGAUAACCAUCACCACCAUUAUCACCUGGGCAGCCUGGCAUCACCGACACACAACUAUCUGCAACACACAGGCAGCCCGCGGCCCCUCGCCUCCUCCAUCUCUUAUCUAGACAGGGCCGAGUCGCCAGAGUCUGUAAGAAACACACCCACUACGGACUUGCUGCCCGCUUCGGCUCAGCCCUCCUGCUCCAUCGAUCACUCGGAGACGGACAUCAGUUACCACAGCUCAGCAGCUGAGGACGAGCCCAGCUACAACCCCCCGACGGCACACGUACGCCCCACGCACCCGCUCAAGAGCUUCGCUGUGCCCUCUGUUCCUGCCCACGCCUCCGCCUACGAGGGUGUCUCUCUGCCCAGCACGCCCCUGCUCUCUCAGACAGGAGCCCACUCCGUCAAGACCGCCUCCAUCGGGACGCUGGGCAGGACGAGGACGCCCAUGCCCGUAAUCGUGCCCAACGCACCAGACGUACCAGACAGCAGCAGAAUGCUGGAGGAAUGCGAGAGUCUCCACUGCCUGUCUCCUUUAUAACCUCCCAAAACUCCAUUUCUGUGCUUUUUCCCCUCCCAAAACAAAAAAAAUCAAACCAAAAAACAAAACUUAACCUCCUCAAAGCCUGUACGCUUUCCCUCCCUCCUGCAUUAACCCUCUCCCUCUUUCUCAGAAGUACGAGAAGGACGAGCUGUCGGAGGAGAUGGCCCACCUGGAGGGCUUAAUGAAGGACCUAAACGCCAUCACUACGGCCUGAGCACAAUCUCUACGCCCUAAAACACACAAACACACGCAUACACACUGACACACACGCACACUUACAUCCACACAACUCGCCACGGCAUGGACAAAGUUCUCAGUCCUUUACAGAACCGAAUGAAAGAAAACGAACAUUUUGGCUUGCCUUGCUAACCCUCAGGAAGGAAAUGGCCAUCGGUUAAAGGAGUGAGAAACGUUUUGGGUACUGAUUCCUUCUGGAACCUUUGACUUUUUUUUUUUUUUUGGCUCUUCGGAGACGCUGUUUGUUACCUUAUGAAUUGAAAAAAAAGGAAGAUUACAAUAUGCUGGUGUUCGUGCUGGUGCUCAAGGCACAAUUUACAGUGUUUAAUUUGUGCGUUUUUGUAUCUCUCAAUCCCUCCCUCUCUCUCUCUCCCUCUCUCUCUCUCUCUCUCUCUCUCUAUCUAUAUAUAUAUAUAUAUAUAUAUAUAUAUAUAUAUAUAUAUAUAUAUAUAUAUAUAUAUAUAUAUAUAUAUAUAUAUAUAUAAUCUCUCUCUAUCUAUAUAUAUAUAUUUCCACCCGUUCCAGUGAGGUGAACAUUGGACGACGUCUCUUUUAUUUUCCUAAUAAGUCGUUUUUUUUUUAUUACACAUUUUGAUCGAAUGACGGUUCCUUAUUUUGUACGUCAUGUAUCGUGCCAUGUUGUUAUUUUCUAUGUUUUUUUUUUUUUGUAUUAUUAUUAUUUUAUAUACAUAUACGCUUAAAGAUAUGUAUAUAAGGUCAAACUGCCUCAUACUUCUUUUUCAAAUAGCAAUGUUUUCAGAGGAGAGCACGUCAGCCUUACGGGUUUCCUGUCACUGAGACCCGACGCGCUCCGGAGGUUUUCUCUCUCUACAGGCUGGACGGCGCGUCUUCGGUACGAACAGAUUUUUCCGAACGGGAGCUCCUUUCAGAAUAUUGCCUUACACUUCUGUCUGCACGGACACUCGUCCUUCGGAGACGAAGCAAAAAUCAUCCACCGCUCGUGUGUCACCUGCCACUGUGAUAUACAGACUUGCUCUUGUAGAGAGCCGUGAGAUCAUGAGCGUGCGCGCUGCGUGCGCGACUGCGGCUUACGCUCCUGUUCACCGUCCGGUGCGUUACAGUUGUUUGUUUGUUUUUUUUUUUUUAAAAGCAUUGAUUUAGAUUCUAAAACUUGGACACUGAUGUUACACAGUAAAAUGCAGUAUACUCCUUCAAGCUAUCGGUCAGGACGGUUGAUAUUUUCUGAAGUGGUCUGUAGACGCGUACACGGCACCGCGGGAUGUCGAGUCAAACCUUCCCGACGGGGCUCCUUGUGAUCCUUCGUUUAGUUCCUUCCUUUAUUUUUUCCUUCUCAUGUAGCUGUUUUUUAUAUGAAGAAUUUCAAUGUGAAUGAAAUAUAAACACUUGGCAAUCUGGGAAAACCCGCUGUGGCUGAAUUCUGGCUAGCGUCCGGAUUUUGUUCUUCCUAAAACAUAAGAUGACACUUUGGAUGACACGGUUUUCAGAAAGCGUCACUGUGGAAAUGUUUUCGUUCUCUCUUUUUCAUUUGCCAGUAAAGAUGCCUAUGAGCUCUUCAUUUUAAUCACGGGAUUACAGACUAAAUGUCUCCCUGUAAACCAGAUCCUGAAAUACUACAAGGUUAAGAAGCCUAUCGCAGAUUAAAGCUUCAGCAUAUGGAGGGUUUUCCCAGGCCGCCAUCACAAAUGUUCUCCUGCUGGAAAUCGUUUCCUUUCUCUCCUUUUACCCAAAGAGCAGCAUCACUGCAAUCGUGUCAUUGGCUCCACGUUGAUCACUACAGUGUCAUUAUUGUCCCAUCUUCUUGAACGUGGGUACGAAUGUGAGGACUCGCCGGGUUACAGGAACACGUUCGGCGGGUGGACGAGAUUUGUACUUAUUUGGGAUAAAAUAACAUGUUAGACAGUAAACCUUUUUUGCACUUUUUUCAACAGGUUCUGGAAAAAACAAAACAAAAAAAAAAAAAGCAUUUCUUACAUAUCCUGUGUUUUCAAUAUAAAGUUAUAUUUGUGUAAUGUAGUGUCAUAGCUUAGCAGUAGGCAGCUGGUCUUGUUCAUUUAUUAUUUUUUUUGUUUGUUUGUUUGCAUCUGAGACGGUUUUUGAGCGACAGGUUUUACUGUGUUCCAGAUGAGGAAUUUUAUUGUUGCUUAUUUCUGUACAAAGAUCUUUUUGCUGUCUGUAGAAUAAUCUGUGGCUUUUUAAAAAAACAAAACAAAACAAAAAAACAAGUUGUAAAAUA